GGCUGCUUUAACGGCGAUCACCUGCUGCAGCAAAGCAGAGCUGGAGGAGAGUGAGUGGACCAGCAUCAGUGAGGUACCCGGGGGGUGACCGGAGGAAUCUUCUCCUCUCAGCACCGUAGACAUUAUUAGGAUGCAUUUUAAUGUCAGCACACAGGGUGGACAGUGUGAGGGGAGACAGUGCCAGUCCUGCGCUGGCACUAUUUUUUGAAGCCCAAAAACCGCAUUUUAGGGGGGCCACGGACAAAUCACAGUAACAGCCGUCGACACCUCCCGCUCUCCUCGCCGGGCGAUGGAGGUCUGCCGUUAAAGACUUGGGGGUAGGGGGGGACCGGAGUCUGUCGGAAUUUCGCCAAAAUUACGACGGGAAUCAAGUACAGCUCCCUGUCUCCCGGUAACGGGAGAGACCACCGGCCGCUCGUGAUGUCUCGUGCCAAGGAGCGGCUGAAAGGCGGGAAUGAGACCAAGGACAGCGUCACUCUGCUGCCGUGCUUUUAUUUUGUAGAGCUCCCUAUCCUGGCCUCCUCUGUUGUCAGUCUUUAUUUCCUGGAGCUGACGGAUAUUUUCCAGCCGGUGCAUUCUGGUUACAGCUGUAGUGACCGCAGUCUGUCUCUGCCCUACAUCCUGCCCAGACAGGAAGUCUGCCCACUGCCUCUGCUCUUCAGCUUAGCUUUCGCCGCUCCCACCGCCACUAUUCUUAUAGGAGAGGCCAUUCUGUACUGCUAUCUCUCCAGGAGGUCAUCAGCUACACAGACUGAGGCCAACAUCAACGCCGCAGGCUGUAAUUUUAACUCCUACAUCCGCAGGGCUGUACGUUUCAUAGGUGUCCAUAUCUUUGGCCUGUGUGUGACAGCACUGAUAACUGAUAUCCUCCAGCUGUCCACUGGUCAACACACCCCCUACUGGCUGGAUGUUUGUAAACCCAACUUGACCCACAUUAACAUGUCCACUUGUGAUGAAGCCUUUAUUCUGGAGGAUAUCUGCUCUGGACAGGACACUGGGCUCAUCAAUGCUGGGAGGAAGUCUUUCCCCUCCCAGCAUGCAACUCUGGCUGCCUUUGCUGCUGUCUACAUCUCAAUGUACUUCAACACAGUGCUGACAGACUCUGCCAAGCUGCUGAAGCCUCUCCUGGUAUUCUCUUUUGUCAUGCUGGCUAUCCUGGCUGGGUUAACCAGGAUUAUCCAGUUCAGAAACCAUCCUGUAGACGUCUACUGCGGAUGGUUGCUGGGAGCUGCCAUUGCUGUCUAUCUGGGUGUGUAUGCAGUGGGGAAUUUCCAGCCCAGUGAGGAUCGGUCCAGAAGUCGAGCACCUACCCCAACCCUGAGAGAGCCCCCUCUCUCCUCCCUACCCAAUGUCAGCCAGUCAGCAAUUAGCAACAGCCACCAAGGUCACCACACCCUGGCUCCCAGCCAACCAGAGCCCAUCAUUACCAGGACCUCUUCCCACACUCUGUCCCCCAACCAACCAGAGCCUAUCUUGACUCGAAGCGCCUCCUACCGAGAACCGUCCUUGUCCAAUCUCAAGAGAGCCAGUGCUGAGGUGGAGGUGAUAACUCCAUCCAGUCCCCUGGGCAAUCAUGAAAACAUGAUGACCUUCAGUAGCAGCACACUGCCAAGGUCCCACGGAGGCUCCUCACUGGAGGAGGGUCGCAUUCCACGCCGUCAUGCCUCCAUCCACGCAUCAAUGGACUCAACCCGAUCCAAACAACUGCUCAGCCAGUGGAAGAAUAAAAAUGACAACAGGAAGCUAUCUCUGCAGGUGAUGGAUGGAAUAAGGCCAGCAUCAUCCUCAUCUCCUCAGAGGAACAUGGAGCUGCGCUGCUCCUCUGAACCCUCUGCUAUGGGCCUGGAGGCAGAGCUCCGUGGGGUAACACACCUACCUACACUUAUCUCUUGUCAGGAAACAGAGUUGCGUGCUGGGGCCCACAUCCCAGCUCAGUACAUGAAACUGGCAGCAAGCUCUGUUCCUAUGACUAAUCAUAAUCACAUGGCCCAUAAUGGCAGCACCGGAUUGGCUGGUGGAGCCAGAGUGUCUAUUCAGUCUCGGCCGGGAUCUUCUCAGCUGGUUCACAUUCCUGAGGAGGAAAAUCUCACCUGCAAGGAUCAGGAGAGUGAAUCAGAGGACAGCAUUAUGGAUGGAGGUGGGUCAGUGAGGGAAAAGUGGCUGAGAGUGGCUGAGAAGACAACAAUUCCCUGCCGGCCGCUCAGUGCUGGAGGACAGCCUCGUCUCAUGCAGGUGAUAGCCUUAUCCAAACAGCAGGGUCUGCUUCACUCUCCUCGCUCAGAGGAUGGUGGAAGCACCGUCAGCUGCACUGGAUCUAUUCGGUACCGAGCCCUGACAGACCAGGACCCAUCACCACCAGCCUCCACCACCGGAGCAAUGGGAGGAGGAGGAGGAGGUUUAGAGAGAAGUGGCAGUAUAGUCCGUGUUGAAGCCCACCCAGAGUCCAGAUCAAACAAACCUGUGGUGAAACCUCCGAGCACUGAUGGAAGUGGCUCCUGGCGAUGGAAACCACCAGAACAACGAGCUUCACUCCGACAGUCAGGUUUCGCCCUUAAUGACCUGAACAGACACACAGACAGCUGUGAUUCGCUGAGAGAUGGAGGGUCAGUGGAUGGACGGAGAAGUGUGACAGGAACUGAAACGGAGAGUGAAGGUGGUGGAGAUGGAGGGGGAGGAGGAGGAGGGGGAGGAGGUGUAUACACAAACCACCCACAUGUUGUACACCCUUUACAUCCCUUACAUCCCAAUAACCCCAACAACUUCCAGCACCCCAAUUUUAACCCCAACAACCCCAACUUUAAUAAUACCCACUUUAACUUCAAUCCCAACUCUGCCAACUUCAACCCCAACUCUGCAAACUUCAACCCCAACUCUGCCAACUCUAAUAUGUCAUUCACCCCUACUGCCACCUUUGCGCCUCCAUUCCACCCACACCCUCAGGCCAUCACCACCAUCAGGGUCACCCCAGUGGAGGGAACGGCUGCGAGCAGCGACGGUGGCUCAGACAGCCAAUCAGCUGCCUCGUCCAGCCGCGAGUCCACCCUGAGGAGGAAGAGCAGCUCCCAUAUCGUCCACGUCCCCGAUCGAGGGCCCACCCCCGACCUUCACAAUAACCACCGCCUCUGUGAUGACAGUAACCGCAUCGACAAUGAAAGCAGCAACCGUUUCCAUGAAAACCUUCGAAGUUUUCAAGAAAACCCCAUCCACCCCAACCACCCCAACAGGCAGUUGCAGGGUGUGUUUGGCCGUCCUAGCCCAACCCCUCCCCCUACUUUACCCCGCCCCGUCCUGACUCACACCCCGCCUCCUACUCUGGGGUUGGCUUAUAAAGAAUGACAGGCUCAGUGUUGAAAUCAUCCAUCUAUCUCCUGUGAUUAAAAUGUGUCCUACUCGACCAGCAAAAAAAAAAAAAAAUCAAUGGAGAUGCUGCAUGGGCCAUACAGAAUCUCAGAUUAGGCCACACAUAAGGAAAAUUUGGUUAAAUCUGUCCACCACCAGGGGGUCAGCCAAAGGGGGAUGGCCAAAAACUUGUUAGUCCCACCCAUUAGGGCCCAAUAUAUGGCUAUUUGUGUCCCCCAGCAUCAUAGCCAGUUUAGAUCCCAACUGAAUAAAUGUUAUGUCUUACUAGGACACUUGAAGUAGGCUUAUCAAAACCUAUUACUAAGAGGUUCACAAUCCUCUUUGGGUCAAAAGCCAUAGAGAGUACUAACACAAUUAGCCCUGCCCACAAUUUCCAACUGGCCAGUUAGAAAGGACUAUAGUCAGGGCCCAAUGUAAGAGGGGUGAGUCUGAUUCAACAUUUUUCCUUGCCUUUUUUUUAAAAUCUGGAUACACCCAUUUUUUUGUAAAUGUAAUAAAUGGAGUGCACUUGUUUCAUAGGCACAAGAAUAAUGGGCUAAAUAAACUGCUGACCCUUUGACUCAGGAGGAGAGACUCCAGCCUCCUCGCUCUGUCCCAUAGCUCCCUGUCAGCGAGGGGGGAUUCAGCCUAUUGACUCUGACUGCUGGGUCAGCUGUCAAUGGGAUAACAUUCUUAUCAAAACAUUUUUACACACAGUAUAUUCUCGUCUUUCAUCCUUUUGUCAAACACAGGUAACAAUAUCGAUAUAUAAACAUCGAUAUAUAAACUUUACAAUGUAAUCACAUGCAAUUAGAUGGAAAUUUGCAUUCAAAGCCCAUAACUGUGCUGUGCUUGUACAUAUGAAUGUGAGUGGCCACAGUGGAAAUUAAACCCACAGUCUUAAUUGUGUCUGAGCUCAAAGGAGUCCCUUUUGGGCAAUAACAGUAUCUCUUAGUUCAUGGUGGUAUUGUGUUUGUGUUGGAUAAGAACAAUA